GGCCCCAUGCCCCGCGCCUAGUGCCGCCCGCCCCGGCCAUGUCCGCCGCGCAGCUCUACACCAAGUACACUAGGGUUUGGAUUCCUGACACUGAUGAAGUUUGGAGAUCAGCAGAAAUUGUCAAGGAUUACAAAGAGGGAGAUAAAAGCCUCCAUCUGAAACUUGAAGAUGAAACUCUCUACGAAUAUCCUGUUGACCUCCAAGGAAACGAGCUGCCUUUCCUGCGCAAUCCAGAUAUCCUGGUGGGAGAGAAUGACCUGACAGCCCUGAGCUAUCUGCACGAGCCCGCGGUCCUCCACAACCUCAAAGUCAGGUUCCUCGAGUCCAACCACAUCUACACGUACUGUGGUAUUGUACUUGUUGCCAUCAAUCCAUAUGAGCAGCUGCCAAUCUACGAACAAGAUGUCAUCUACGCGUACAGUGGCCAAAACAUGGGGGACAUGGAUCCUCACAUCUUUGCGGUGGCAGAGGAAGCCUAUAAGCAGAUGGCCAGGGAUGAGAAGAACCAGUCCAUCAUCGUGAGCGGGGAGUCGGGUGCUGGAAAGACGGUCUCUGCCAAAUACGCCAUGCGCUUCUUUGCCACCGUCGGUGGUUCUGCCAGCGAGACCAACAUCGAAGCCAAAGUCCUAGCGUCGAGCCCAAUUAUGGAGGCAAUUGGAAAUGCUAAAACAACAAGGAAUGACAACAGCAGUCGCUUUGGGAAAUACAUUCAGAUCGGCUUUGAUAAAAGAUACCACAUCAUUGGUGCCAACAUGAGGACAUAUCUGUUGGAAAAAUCACGAGUUGUAUUCCAGGCAGAGGACGAGCGCAACUACCACAUCUUCUAUCAGCUUUGUGCCUCGGCGAGUCUUCCAGAAUUCAAAGACCUUGGACUAACAUGUGCCGAAGACUUUUUCUACACUUCUCAGGGAGGUGACACGUCUAUCGAUGGCGUGGACGAUGCUGAUGACUUGGAGAAAACCAGGCACGCCUUCACCCUCCUUGGAGUGAAGGAGUCUCAUCAGAUGACCAUUUUUAGGAUAAUUGCUGCCAUUCUGCACCUAGGGAACUUGGAAAUCCAAGCGGAACGAGACGGCGAUGCCUGUAGCGUAUCGAGCGAGGACGAGCACUUGAACAACUUCUGCGGCUUGCUGGGCGUGGAGCACAGCCAGAUGCAGCACUGGCUUUGCCAUCGCAAGCUCGUCACUACGGCCGAGACCUACGUGAAGAACAUGUCUGUGCAGCAAGUGGUGAAUGCCAGGAACGCCCUGGCCAAGCACAUCUACGCCCGGCUCUUCAGCUGGAUCGUGGAACACAUCAACAAGGCCCUGCACACCACCGUCAAGCAGCACUCCUUCAUCGGCGUGCUCGAUAUCUACGGGUUUGAAACUUUUGAAGUGAAUAGCUUUGAACAGUUUUGUAUCAACUACGCCAACGAAAAGCUCCAGCAGCAGUUCAACUCGCACGUGUUUAAGCUGGAACAAGAAGAGUACAUGAAGGAGGGAAUCCCUUGGACUCUCAUAGACUUCUACGAUAACCAGCCCUGUAUAGACCUUAUAGAGGCGAAACUUGGGAUCUUGGACCUACUGGAUGAAGAGUGCAAGGUUCCCAAAGGCACCGACCAGAACUGGGCACAGAAGCUGUAUGACCGGCACGCCGGCAGCCAGCACUUCCAGAAGCCCCGCAUGUCCAACACCUCCUUCAUCGUCCUGCACUUCGCCGAUAAGGUGGAAUACCAGAGCGAGGGAUUUCUGGAGAAGAACAGGGACACCGUGUACGAGGAACAGAUCAACAUCCUGAAAGCCAGCAAGUAUCAAAUGGUAGCAGACUUAUUCCAAGAUGAGAACGAUGCUGCACCCACCACUUCCAUGGGAAAGGGAACAUCCAAAAUCAGCGUCCGUUCUGCCAGACCGGUGAUCAAAGCUGCCAAUAAGGAGCACAAGAAAACGGUGGGGCACCAGUUCCGCAACUCGCUGCAUUUGCUCAUGGAGACUCUGAACGCCACCACCCCACACUACGUGCGCUGCAUCAAGCCGAACGACGAGAAGCUCCCCUUUAAGUUUGAUCCGAAGAGAGCGGUGCAGCAGCUGAGAGCUUGUGGAGUGCUGGAGACCAUCCGCAUCAGUGCAGCUGGCUUCCCGUCCAGAUGGUCCUACCAUGACUUUUUCAAUAGAUACCGUGUUCUUAUGAAAAAGAGAGACCUCUCUAAGAACGACAAGAAGCAGAUCUGUCAGACCCUGUUGGAAGACCUCAUUAAGGAUCCAGACAAGUUCCAGUUUGGACGUACCAAGAUCUUUUUCCGUGCAGGCCAGGUGGCAUAUCUGGAGAAACUGCGAGCAGAUAAGUUCAGAGCUGCCACAAUCAUGAUUCAGAAGACAGUGCGGGGCUGGCUGCAGAAGGUCAAGUACCAAAGGCUGAGACAAGCUGCAAUCGUCAUCCAGCGCUACACGCGUGGGCACCUGGCACGGAGACUUGCUGAGCACCUGAGGAGGACGAGAGCUGCCAUCAUCUUCCAGAAGCAGUACCGAAUGCUGCGGAUCCUCCGAGCUUUCCAGAGGGUCCGCAACGCAACCAUCACUAUUCAGGCUUUUGCUCGGGGCAUGUUUGUCAGGAGGAUUUAUCACAAGAUCCUCGCGGAGCACAAGGCCACCAUCCUCCAGAAGUAUGCCCGCGGCUGGCUGGCCCGCACUCGCUUCCGCCGGGUCAGGGGUGCCACCAUCGUCCUGCAGUGCUACUACCGGCGCAUGAAGGCCAGGCAGGAGCUGAAGGCGCUGAAGAUUGAGGCCCGCUCAGCACAGCACCUGAAGAAGCUCAACAUUGGCAUGGAGAACAAGGUGGUCCAGCUUCAAAGGAAGAUCGAUGAGCAGAACAAGGAAUACAAACUUCUGAACGAGCAGCUCUCCACGCUCGCAUCAGCCCACUCCUCUGAGGUGGAAAAACUGAAGAAGGAACUGGUGCAAUAUCAGCAGAGCCACCAGGGUGACGGCAACCAGCUUGUCAGCUUGCAGGAAGAGAUGGAGCACCUCCGGCUGGAGCUUGAAAAAGCUCAUGGCGAGAGGAAGGUCGUGGAAGACAGCUACGUUAAGGAGAAAGACCUACUGAGAAAGCGCAUAUCCGACUUGGAAGAAGAAAACGCUCUCCUGAAGCAGGAAAAAGAGGAGCUUAACAGCAGGAUCCUGUGUCAAUCUGAAGAUGAAUUUGCACGAAACACAGUUGAGGAAAAUAUCCAGAUGAAGAAAGAGCUGGAAGAAGAGAGGUCUCGUUAUCAGAACCUGGUAAAAGAGUAUUCGAGGCUGGAGCAGAGAUACGACAACUUGCGGGAUGAAAUGACUAUUAUAAAGCAAGCACCGGGGCACAGAAGAAACCCAUCCAACCAGAGCAGUUUGGAGUCCGAUUCCAAUUAUCCAUCCAUAUCAACCUCUGAGAUAGGAGACACUGAGGAUGUGAUACAACAAGUGGAGGAGGCUGGGAUGGAGAAAGCUGCCAUGGACAUGACCCUCUUCCUAAAGCUACAGAAGCGAGUGAGGGAGCUCGAGCAGGAGAGGAAGAAGCUGCAAACCCAGCUGGAGAAGAAGGAGCAGGAGAGCAAGAAAUCCCAGGUAAUUGAAACGAAGACUGAAGUGACUUCGGACCACGAAGAUUUUGCAUACAACAGUCUGAAGAGGCAAGAGCUGGAGUCGGAGAACAAGAAGCUGAAAAAUGAACUUAAUGAGCUGAGGAAGGCUAUCGCAGACCGAGCAACCCAGAACAACUCGUCCAACGAUAUUCAGGACAGUUAUAACCUCUUACUGAAUCAGCUGAAAUCGGCCAACGAGGAGUUGGAAGUGCGGAAGGAAGAGGUGCUCAUCCUGAGGACGCAGAUUAUGAAGGCAGCCCAGCAAAAAGAGACGGGGAAAAACAUGGAAAGCAUCACCACCAAUGCCAGCUGGCCAAACAGCGACAAGCACAUAGAUCAGGAGGACGCGAUUGAAGCCUACCAGGGGAUGUGCGAGACGAACCGCAAGACUGAGGACUGGGGGUAUCUCAAUGAAGAUGGAGAGCUCGGCUUGGCUUAUCAAGGUUUAAAGCAAGUUGCCAGGUUGCUGGAAGCACAGCUCCAGGAUCAGAGAAGAGAGCAUGAGGAGGAGGUAGAAGCUCUGAAAAAUGAGGUGGAUGCAAUGAAAGAAGAGCUGGAGAAACAGCAGCAGGCUUUCCUGCAGACCCUGCAGCUUUCUCCGGAGGCCCAGGUGGAGUUUGGACUUCAGCAAGAAAUUACACGUCUCACCAAUGAAAAUCUGGAUCUUAAAGAAUUGCUAGAGAAGUUGGAAAAGAAUGAAAAGAAGCUGAAGAAGCAGCUGAAGAUUUACAUGAAGAAGGUCCAAGAUUUUGAAGCAUCCCAAGCCAUGGUACCGGCGGAGAGGAGGCGGCAUGAGCGUAACAUGCAAGUUGCUGUCCAGAGGAAGGAGAAAGAUUUUCAGGGCAUGUUGGAAUAUUAUAAAGAAGACGAGCCACUCCUCAUCCGAAACCUCAUUACAGAUCUCAAGCCCCAGGCAGUGUCUGCUACUGUUCCCUGCCUUCCUGCCUACAUCCUCUACAUGUGCAUCAGACACGCAGAUUACAUCAACGAUGACCAGAAAGUGCACUCCUUGCUCACCUCCGCCAUCAAUGGCAUUAAGAAAGUGCUGAAGAAACACAACGAUGAUUUUCAGAUGACGUCGUUUUGGCUGGCGAAUACAUGUCGCCUCCUGCACUGUUUAAAGCAGUACAGCGGAGACGCGGGUUUCAUGACACAAAACACGCCGAAGCAGAACGAGCACUGUCUGAAGAACUUUGACCUGACCGAAUACCGCCAAGUGCUGAGCCACCUCUCCAUCCAGAUCUACCAGCAGCUCAUUAAGAUAGCAGAGGGCAUACUCCAACCCAUGAUCGUGUCUGCGGUGUUGGAAAAUGAGAGUAUCCAGGGGCUUUCUGGUGUCAAACCGAUGGGCUACAGGAAUCGCUCCUCCAGCAUGGCAGAUGGUGACAGCUCCUACAGCUUAGACGCGAUCAUUCGCCAGCUGAACACCUUCCACAGCAUCAUGUCUGACCAGGGUCUGGACCCAGAGAUCGUGCAGCAGGUCUUCAAGCAACUCUUCUACAUGAUCAACGCGGUCGCCCUGAACAACCUCUUGCUGAGGAAGGAUGUCUGCUCGUGGAGCACGGGCAUGCAGCUAAGGUUUAACAUAAGCCAGCUGGAGGAAUGGCUGCGUGGGAAGAAUCUGCAGCAGAGUGGAGCAGCACAAACUUUGGAGCCCUUGAUUCAGGCAGCACAGCUUCUGCAGCUGAAAAAGAAAACCUCGGAAGAUGCCGAGGCCAUCUGCUCCUUGUGCACAUCACUCACGACCCAGCAGAUUGUAAAGAUACUUAAUCUCUAUACUCCUGUGAAUGAGUUUGAAGAACGUGUGACAGUAGCUUUCAUACGAGACAUACAGACGCACUUGCAAGAGCGAAAUGACCCUCCGCAGCUGCUGUUAGACUUCAAGCACAUGUUCCCAGUUUUGUUCCCGUUCAACCCAUCCUCCAUAACCAUGGACUCUAUUCAUCUCCCUGCUUCUCUCAACUUGGAAUUUCUCAAUAAAGUCUGAAGAAAGUAUAAUUAAGCCCACCUCUCAUACCCAGAGACCUCCAGCAAAGAAAGAAAAAUCACAAAAGAAAUUUAAGGAGCUCUUUAAAUAUGGACCAAACAGGUUUAUGGAAGAACCAGUACACAGUAAUAAAUGGAUGCUAAACUGUACAGUACAAAAGAGACUGAUCUGUAUGUGAUUUUUUUGGUAAUUUGCAGCUCAGAAAUAAGGAUACUUGAAAUGUAGAUUUAUUUUUUACUGCUUGAUUUUAUGUUGACAUAGUUCGAAGCCCAUAAUCAUCUCCAAAAGCCACUAACAAAAAAGAAUGGUGAGUGGGAGACAACUUACUUUGAUCUUCAGAGGUGUCUAUGAAGAAGUAACGGUUAAAUCAAAAACAAAAUCUGAGACACUUAUGCUGCCUUGAAGGACAUAUAAUUUGUCUAAUAGCUAGGUGGUUUUGUAUGUAUUAAUAACGGGACAUGCAAUCCUGCCUCCUGUUCUUGCUAGUAACUGUAUCACGAUAGUGAGUUGAGAAGGUAAAUCGCAGAAGGUGCAAGUAUGUAUUUAUCACGUCGGUUAAGGUAACGGGCUUGGACGCUACUUGUUUCCACUGACGUGGAAUUUGCCACAAAUUCUAUGUUUGAGGAAUGCUCUUGCUCCUCUUACCCACAUCCAGUGCAUCUGCUUCAUGGGAGUUCAAAUAAAUUGGCAGUCCUCCCUGACCAAAUUUACAUUAGUGACUUGCAAACGUUUUGUCCUAGUGAAAUAAUCUCGAGACAAGGGACUGCCUUAGGCCUCCUGCUUCUAGUAUAGACGAGCAUCAUCCUGAUCCCUACUGUUGGCUUUCUCUGUGCUUUUAAAAGUCAAAAACUUUCGUAAGUUAGCAUAAGACAUGCUAAGGCAACCCAGUUUAAUAUUUGGGUCCCCAGUCCUACUUAUGUUCAGUGGGUUAGUCCUAGCCAUCGCAGUCCAUGGAAAAAUUCUGUUCGGUUCAAUAGCCAUCCGGAAUUUUACCAGUUGUGCAAAUACAGGGUUUAGAUAAAUGAAGAAUACUUGAAAAAAAAAAAGAAAAAAGUUUUAAAAACAAAAGGGAAUGGAUAAGUAGUGAAAUGUUUUAACACAAAAAAACUGUAAGAUAGUGUGUUAGUAAUGUAAGCCAUUUCUUUGAGAGUGAACACGAACUCUGUCUACAACAACCUUUAAUGAAUAAUUGCAAUCAAUUCAAAUUCUGUUCGGAUUUUUUUUUUUACCUAACUUGUAAGUUAAAACGAACGAACCCUCUGACCUCACCAGGUAGACAUUGAAAGGGCCCAGCUACUCACAAAAGCGGUCAUUGAUUUUUCUUGGUACUUGUCAUGACAUGUGGAAUCCUCAGUUACUGCGGAGCCGCUCUCCUUGCUUGAGAAGGGGAAAAGGUGGGUUCCCGGGGCUGAGCGACGCUGUACAACGAUCCUGAUGGCGAUCGGUCUGCAGACCGUUCAGAGCGGCGAUGCUUCUGCCGUAGCUCAGCGUGCCAAAAUGCGGCGAGGAUGUCUGGCAGCAGCGAAAGCCCCGCUCGUCUCGGCACCGCGAGCAUUUCGCCCUUUCCGCUUCCAUAAUGGUCGUGUCUAAGUAGAUCUUAACUUACCCGCUUUUGUGGUUGUGGUUCCUGAAGUCUCAGCAAUUCCACGAUGAUUAAGAGCUUUCAAAAAAACCUCUCCGCAUCUGACUACUUUUAGUUGGUGUAAAUCCUAUCCAAACAGCAAAUUUAUGACCGGGUACCCUGUCUGGUCCUCAGAGGAUUAAAAUAGAAUGUGAAGUCUCUUACAGAUACACUAAAUCCCGCCAUGCUGCAGUCACCUUUUUAGAUGAGGAGUGUGUUUUGAUUUAAACAUCAUGUAUAUAAUCUAUGUAUAUACAAACUGUAAUAGUCCUGUAUGUACUAUAUAUGUAUAUUACUAUCCAAAAAGCACAUUUUUAAAGAAAAAGUUGAGUGCUGUGAAGAAUUCUGUUGGUCUAUGCCGGUGGGUAAAUACCUUGUUCCAAACGGACUAGGGUUUAGUACAGCUGUUACCAGUGAAGGACAGACUUAAGGCCAUUCCCUAGGGAGAAGUUAUCUUUUCCCCUAACCAUCACCCAGCUAAUGACAGAAGAAAAUUUAUUGCUUGUAUAGUACCAGCACUACCUCCAAACGACAGUCCUUGAGCACUUGCAUCUACUGCACGUAUUCAGUAGUGCCUUCAUCUCCCCUUCAUGUACAAUGAGGAUGAUGCCACCAUUUUGCUGUCUGUGCCCAGCAAGCCCACGCUCUUCCGUCACUUGCUCAGCUACAAGACCUUUAUUUAUUGUACCUACCUCUUUUCACGUUUUGCAAAUGAAUGUUUUUGCAUUGCUCUGAAUUUAAUUUUUUUAAUUGCAUCUUAUCCCUUUUUUCCACGCUAUAGUAGUCAUCACAGUUUAAAAAUAAAAAAAAAAAAUCCAAAGCAGAAUUCAGUCUUUCUGUAAGGCGGUUUUAACAUAGUGCUAUUUCUCAGAAUUCAUCUUAGGCCAGCAGUUUCCUCUCAGGCUCUUCAGGUCUCUACCUCUCUCCGAUGUAAAUUAUUCAGAGUGCGAUUCCCAACAGAUUGAUUAAACCAAUGCUUGUCGUUCAGCCUAAGUGACAGCUUGCUGCAGAAUCCUCUUCCGCAACGAUUUUGUUGCUGAUAGCAAUUAUAAAAUGGGGUUAAUGGUCUUUUAGGGGAUAAUGGUCUUUCACUGGCAUUUUCAGGAUCAUAAUUUAUAUGUACAACAAAGAGACUUUCUUAGAAACUCUUGGUACGUAUAGAUGGGAACUGGGAUUUAAUAUCUUGAUCUGUGAUAAUGUAGUUAUCCAUUAAAAUCCAUCUGGAAGAGGACUCUGUAUGAAAUAUCUUUAAUAUAUGUUAGGUUUUCUGUUAGCAGUUUUUAAAAUUUGUUUUUAAAUGUUAAUUUUGUUCAAUUGCUAUGCUCAAGCAUGCCUUUCUUUGCUCAGAUUGGCACUUAUUUAAAAAGCAAAUUUAACACAAAGCAUGGCUUUGAGAAAGCUGGCUGUUUUCCAGUUCUGUCUUCAUUUUUAAAUAUUGAUUAUUAAGUUGAGCAUUUUCCCACUGUGUGCCUUUAGCUGUUACUAAGGUAACUGACUUCUCAACUGCUGUUUCUCUGAAACAAGCGUUAAAAUGUGGGAAUAUUUUUAUUGUUCUGUCAUAAAAAGUUGUCUGUGGAUUUAUAAGUCUGCUUAUAAAAUCUCACUCUGAGGAGGUCUGCAAAAACACUUUGAAGUUCCUAGGACAAAAACAAUACUGGCCCAUACUGAUUUUUGCAUGUAUAAUGUAUCUCAGCACUAUUGGGAGUCAGAAAAAAACGCCCCAAAAACCAAAUCACAAAAACUACCAUCGCUGUGAAACCAACACUUCAAACGCGAGUUCAGGCAUGUGCUGUCUGACCUAUGAAAAGCAUCCAGAACAACGUACACGCUUAAUUUUCACCAAAAACUAGCUUUGCU